UAUAAACUAGAUCAAGGGGUGUCACAUUUAUCAUUCGCAUUUGUGAAACAUACAAACAUGUUCUCUAAAAUCGUAGCCCUGUGCGCCUUCGCGGCUGUAGCCCAGGCCGGUCUCCUGGUGGAGCCGCACUACUCCUCGGCCGCCGCCGUCUCCUCGCAGAGCAUCGUGCGCCACGACCAGCCCCAGCUCGCCCACAAGCUGGUCGCUGCCCCCGUCGCCUACCAUGCCGCCCCUGCCCCCGUCGCCUACCACGCUGCCCCCGCCCCCGUCGCCUACCAUGCCACCCCUGCUGCCGUCACCUACCACGCCGCUCCCGCUCCCGUUGCCUACCAUGCCGCCCCUGCUGCCGUCCACUACGCCCCGCACUACUCCUCGGCCGCCGCCGUCUCCUCGCAGAGCAUCGUGCGCCACGACCAGCCCCAGCUCGCCCACAAGCUGGUCGCUGCCCCCGUCGCCUACCACGCCGCUCCCGCUCACGUCGCCUACCACGCUGCCCCCGCCCCAGUCGCCUACCAAGCCGCCCCCGCUGCCGUCACCUACCACGCCGCUCCCGCUCCCGUUGCCUACCACGCCGCCCCUGCUGCCGUCCACUACGCCGCUCCCAUCGCUAAGGUCGUCGCUCACGAAGAAAUUGCUCACCCCCAAUACGAGUACUCUUACUCCGUUGCUGACGGUCACUCCGGCGACAACAAGUCCCAGCACGAGACCCGCGAUGGCGAUGUCGUGAAGGGCUCUUACUCCCUGAAGGAGGCUGAUGGCUCCAUCCGCACCGUCGAGUACACCGCUGACGCUCACAACGGCUUCAACGCCGUGGUGCACAACACCGCCCCCACCCACGCCCCCGUCGUGGUCAAGGCCGCCCCCGUCGUCGUCAAGGCCGCCCCCCCGCACUACUCCUCGGCCGCCGCCGUCUCCUCGCAGAGCAUCGUGCGCCACGACCAGCCCCAGCUCGCCCACAAGCUGGUCGCUGCCCCCGUCGCCUACCACGCCGCUCCCGCUCAUGUUGAAUACCACUCCGCCCCCGCCCCCGUCACCUACCACGCCGCCCCCGCUCCCGUGGCUUACCACUCCGCUCCCGUUGCCUACCACGCUGCUCCUGCUGCCGUCCACUACACCGCUCCCAUCGCCAAGGUCGUUGCCCACGAAGAAAUCGCUCAGCCAGCCAAGUACGAGUACUCCUACUCUGUUGCUGACGGUCACUCCGGCGACAACAAGUCCCAGCACGAGACCCGCGACGGCGAUGUCGUGAAGGGCUCUUACUCCCUCAAGGAGGCUGACGGCUCCAUCCGCACCGUCGAGUACACCGCUGACCCCCACAACGGUUUCAACGCCGUGGUGCACAACACCGCCCCCACCCACGCACCCGUCGUGGUCAAGGCCGCCCCCGUCGUCUACUCUGCCCCCUCUUACUACCAUCACUAAGUCAAAAAUGUAUUUAAAUAAAAAAAAAUAUUUAUUAAACUAUACAUUUAGCAAUUA